CGUUCCAGUGACAGCUUCUGUGCCCAGUGAGUGUCACCCAUGUGACCUGUCACAGCAAGAGGGGUGGGAAGGCUUCUUAUUUCCCUUUCAUGCGAGCACAGAGGGCACCGCACACGCCUUUAGUUAUUUGCAAGAAGCAGUCGCAUACUUCCGCAGCAGCCUGCCAGCUGGGAGUUGGAGUUGUUCGCUUGCACUGUGCACCUGCAGCCCAGAUGUGACACCCAGUUUACAAGACUUGAUAUUCAAUGGCAGGGAAUCGCGUGGACGGGAAGUGGAAAUGAAUUCUGAAAUUAUCCUUGAAGAGCGUCUUAUUAAAAGGUCACAGCAAAAAAAGAGGACUUCUCCCCUCAAUUACAAGGAAAGAGUGUUUGUGCUAACAAAGUCGAAGCUGACGUACUAUGAGGUUCGCUCUGAGAAGAAAACUAAGAAAGGUUCAGUGGACAUUACAAAAGUCAAAUGUGUGGAAAUUGUAAAGAAUGGACUUGACACUGUGCCUUGCCAAAACAAGUAUGCAUUUCAAGUUGUCUACGAUAACAACACACUGUAUGUUUUUGCUCCAAGUGUUGAAAGCAGGUCCCAGUGGGUGAAGCUUCUAAAAGAGGGAAUAAAGAACAACAACUUAAUAUCAGCUAAAUAUCACACUCAGUUUUGGGCAGAUGGGGCUUAUCAGUGUUGCCGACAAACAGACAAGCUAGCACCGGGAUGUGAAGAAUAUAAUCUUUUUGGAGACAUUACACGGAAGCCUUUGCCACCAACUCCAGAUGAAAUCAGGUCAAGGCCUCCACCUCCAAGCCCUCCCAAGGAGGAACUCGAUGAAAAAGGGGAGAAUAAAGGAGAAAUCGUUAUUGCAAUGUUUGAUUUCCACUCAACUGAGUCACAGGAUCUGAGCCUAGUCUCUGGAGAAGAAUAUGUCAUUCUAGCAAAAAAGGAUGUCCAUUGGUGGAAAGCAAGAGAUAAGUAUGGGAAUGAAGGUUAUAUUCCAAGCAAUUAUGUGACAGAGAAGACAUUAGACAAUUUAGAUCAAUAUGUGUGGUACAGCAAAACUAUGAACAGAAGUAAAGCGGAACAACUCCUAAGAAAUGAGGAUAAAGAAGGAGGCUUUAUUGUUAGGGAUUCCAGCCAAGCAGGCUUAUAUACUGUGUCACUUUACACAAAAUAUGGAGGAGAAGGUUCCUCUUCAAUUAGGCACUACCACAUCAAAGAGACGGGCUUUCCAAAGCAGUACUACCUGGCAGAGAAGCAUGUCUUCAACACAAUCCCUGAAAUGAUCGAGUAUCACAAGCAUAAUGCAGCUGGUCUUGUAACCAGACUGCGAUACCCUGUAUGUUCCAAAGCAAAGUCAGCUCCGACGACAGCUGGAUUCAGUUAUGAUAAAUGGGAAAUAAACCCAUCUGAGCUCACAUUUAUGAAGGAACUUGGAAGUGGCGUAUUUGGUGUGGUGCGUCUUGGGAAAUGGCGAGCACAGUACAAAGUCGCAAUUAAAGCAAUUCGGGAAGGAGCGAUGUCUGAAGAAGACUUUAUAGAGGAAGCUAAAAUUAUGAUGAAACUUACCCAUCCCAAACUAGUCCAGCUUUAUGGAGUUUGUACACAACAAAGGCCAAUCUACAUAGUCACAGAAUUCAUGGAACAGGGCUGCCUCCUGAAUUACCUUCGCCAAAAGAGUGGAAGCUUUAGUACAGACUUUCUGCUGAGUAUGUGUCACGAUGUGUGCGAAGGAAUGAAGUACUUGGAAGCGAACAGCUUUAUACACCGUGACCUGGCUGCCAGGAACUGUUUGGUAAAUGAAGGCGUGGUAAAAGUGUCCGAUUUUGGAAUGACCAGGUAUGUUUUAGAUAACCAAUAUACAAGUUCUUGCGGAGCUAAAUUCCCUGUAAAAUGGUCCCCGCCGGAGGUUUUCAACUACAGCAAGUUCAGCAGUAAAUCCGAUGUCUGGUCAUUUGGUGUGUUAAUGUGGGAGGUGUUUACAGAAGGAAAAAUGCCGUUUGAGUCAUACACAAAUGCUGAGGUGGUGAGUAUGGUGACAAGAGGAGAGAGACUGUAUCGACCAAAACAGGCAACAAAAAGAAUAUACACAGUUAUGAUGGAGUGUUGGCAUGAGAGACCAGAAACACGACCUACAUUUUGUGACCUGUUGCUUGCAAUCGCUCAAAUACUAGAAGAAGACUUUUAGAAUGCUGUUACUGGAAUUCCCCAACAUUCUUCAACAUUGACUUGUUACGGACAUUGAUCUGGAGAAUCUGAACAUUCUGAAAACAGAAUCUCCUCUCAUGAAGGAUAUAUACAUUGAAUUUCAGUGGACUCUACUUGUUUUUUUUUAUUUGCCGUUAAUUAUUUUUAAUUACCACACUAAGAAGAUACCACUAAGGAUUACCGCUGGGUA